GCGCCUACAGGGGCACAAUUCAUUUGCCAUCUGGUUUGCCGGCCUUUCGGGAUCUGGAAAAUCUACCCUGGCCAGUGCAUUGGAAAAACGGCUCUAUCAGCGCGGGUUGCGCACCUUUAUAUUGGAUGGCGACAACAUUCGCUCUGGCCUCAACAAAGAUCUCGACUUCUCGGAAGAGUCGCGCAGGGAAAACAUCCGCAGAAUUGGAGAGGUGGCCAAACUAAUGAUAGAUGCCGGCUGCAUUGUGCUUUCAGCCUUUAUAUCGCCCUUCCGCCAGGAGCGCGAAAUGGUGAAAAGCAUGGUGGGCGAAGAAAAUUACGUUGAGGUGUUUGUAAACUGCCCGUUGGAAGAAUGCGAAAAACGCGAUGUGAAAGGCUUGUACGCCAAAGCGCGUGCCGGAGAAAUUAGCAACUUCACGGGCAUUAGCUCGCCCUUUGAAGCGCCCGAAAACCCCGAUGUGAAAGUGCCUACGCAUCAGCUUUCGCUGGAGGAAGGAGUGGAGCGAAUUAUCUUUGAAAACCCGGUACUGCUCUUUAGUGGCGGCAAAGAUUCAAUUGUGCUUACCCAUCUGGCCCGCAAAGCUUUUUGGCCGGCCAAAAUUCCUUUUCCCUUGAUGCACGUUGAUACCGGCCACAACUUUCCGGAAACCAUGAAAUUUCGUGACGACCUGGUGAAGAGUCUGGGCGUAAAGCUAAUUGUGGGUUCGGUACAGGAAUCAAUUGACACCGGACGCGUGCGGGAAGAAACCGGCAAAAAUGCCAGUCGCAAUGCCUUGCAAACUACCACGCUGCUCGAUACCAUUGAAAAGCACAAUAUUGACGCGGCCAUGGGCGGUGCGCGCAGAGACGAGGAAAAGGCCCGCGCCAAAGAGCGCUUCUUCUCUCACCGCGAUGAUUUCGGGCAGUGGGACCCCAAAAACCAACGCCCGGAAUUGUGGAACCAAUUUAACGGCAAAAAACACAUGGGCGAGCACUUCCGC